AUGGAGGGGGAAACAGGUGCGAUGCAGCCGUUGAAAGGAGGGGCAUAUUUGCGAUUUCAUCAGUUUCCUCUUCCUCAAUUUAUUGCCGCUAUUCUUCAUUUCUUUCUUUUAACACUACUCAUCGAGGCUCCAACCCGGUUCAAAGAAUUUAAGAUUCGAAGUUGGAGAGUUGAAGGCUACGGUACAAUGGAUAAGUAUGAGAAGCUUGAGAAAGUAGGAGAAGGGACGUAUGGGAAGGUGUACAAGGCCAAGGACAAGGUUACGGGUCAAUUGGUGGCCCUCAAGAAGACACGGCUGGAGAUGGAUGAAGAGGGUGUUCCUCCCACUGCCCUCCGCGAGGUGUCCCUCCUCCAGAUGCUUUCCCAGUCACUGUAUGUUGUACGCCUGCUUUCUGUUGAGCAUAUUGUGGAUGGAAGCAAGAAAGAUGGCAGCGGAAAACCCCUUCUUUACCUUGUUUUUGAGUACCUGGAUACUGACCUCAAGAAGUUCAUUGACUCCCACCGUAAGGGUCCCAACCCUCGCCCCCUACCCCCAGCCCAAAUUCAGAGCUUCCUCUUCCAGCUCUGCAAGGGUGUUGCACAUUGUCAUAGCCACGGAGUACUUCACCGAGAUCUCAAGCCCCAGAACCUUCUUGUUGACAAGAAUAAGGGAAUCUUAAAGAUUGCUGAUCUUGGAUUAGGCAGAGCUUUCACUGUCCCUCUCAAGAGCUAUACUCAUGAGAUCGUCACCCUGUGGUACAGAGCUCCAGAGGUUCUCUUGGGAUCUACCCAUUAUUCUACUGGUGUUGAUAUGUGGUCCGUCGGUUGCAUUUUUGCUGAGAUGGCAAGAAGGCAAGCUUUAUUUCCAGGGGAUUCUGAGUUCCAACAACUGCUCCACAUAUUUAGGUUGUUGGGUACACCAAGUGAGAAGCAGUGGCCAGGUGUGUCUUCACUGCGAGAUUGGCAUGUGUACCCUCAAUGGGAGCCGCAGGACUUGGCACGACAUGUUCCAUCAUUGGGUCAAGAUGGUCUUGACCUUCUAUCUCAAAUGCUUAGAUUUGAUCCAGCUGAGAGAAUAUCAGCAAAAGCUGCGCUAGAUCAUCCCUACUUCGACAGCUUGGAUAAAUCACAAUACUGA